AUGGACCAAUUGAAGAAACUUGAUCUGAUAAGUAAUGUGAUUAGUUCGGAAGCAACUCAAUCAAUUGGUAAUUUGAUUAAUCUUACGGAAUUGAGUAUUGGCUAUAAUGAUAUUGGUUAUAAGGCUGUUGAAUAUUUAUCAAAACUUGAAAAACUGACUAUUCUAAAUAUUAGUAAGUGUAAGAUCACAAACUUGGGUAUUGAAUCAAUGAUUGGAAUGAAACAAUUGACAAGCCUUGAAAUAAGUGAAAAUGGUAUUGAUGAUAGUGGUGUAAAAUCUUUGAUAGAACUAAGUCAACUAACAAAACUUGACAUAGAUCAUAACGAAAUAAGGACAGAAGGAUGCAAAUGUAUUAGUCAAAUGAAAAAUUUGACUGAUCUGAGUGUUGGAUUAAAUGGAAUUGAUGAGGAAGGAAUUAAGUUUAUAUGUGAAUUGAAACAAUUAACUAAUUUGUCAGCUCAUGCAAUACAAAUUGUUUCAGUUGAUGGAGUCCAAUCAAUAACCUCUUUGAAACAACUGAUCAGUCUGAAUAUUGGUGACAACUGGAUUGGUGACGCUGGUGCAAAGGUAAUAAGUGAAAUGAAACAAUUGAAAACACUUUAUAUGCACUCAACUUUAAUAGGAAUAGAUGGCACCAAAUCAAUUAGUGAAAUGACAAAUUUAACUUUUUUAGAUAUAUCAGCUAAUAAUUUAGGAGAUGAGGGGGCAAAACUAAUAAGUGGAUUGAAUCAAUUGAUUAAACUUUGGAUUUCUGAAAUUUCAAUUGGAAAUGAAGGAGCUGAAUCUAUAAGCAAGCUGGAAAAAUUGACUGAACUUGAUGUUCAUAGAAAUAGUAUUGAAACUGAAGGUGCUAAAUCCUUAUCUAAAUUGAAACACUUAACACGUCUGGAUAUUUCUGAGAAUUUUAUUGAAGAUUCAGGAGUGAAAUACCUAUCCAAAAUGAAGAAAUUAAAACAUUUAAAUGUAUAUGAUAAUGGAAUAGACAAUGGAAACAAGUAUCUGAAACGUAUGAAAAAGCAACUGAAAAAGAAAAAUUAUGGUUUUAUUGAGUGA